CAUUCAACUGACAGGUAGCAUGCAACUGAAACUGGUGCUGCUCUUGGCCACUUUUGGCCUGGCCAAAGUAAGUGCCGAGAUGCGCUAUGACAACUAUAAGGUCUACAAAGUAAAUAUCGAGAAUAUGCAACAGUUUGAGCUGAUCAAUGCCAAGGAAAAAGCACUGCAACUUAGCAGCUGGCGUGAGGCGCGCCAUUUAGGCGACUCCUCGGACAUUAUGCUGCCUCCACAAACGCAGCAGGCUUUCGAGCAGCUGCUCAACAGCCAAAACUUCAACUACAGCUUAAAGAUCGACAAUGUGCAAACGCUGAUCGAUGCACAACGUCCAAAACAACGCACUGGUUACAUGGAGUGGACUCAGUAUCACACUCUGGAUGAGAUCUACGCUUGGUUGGAUGUGCUUGAAGAGCGUUAUUCAGACAUUGUGACGCCUUUUACCAUUGGCAACUCCUACGAAGGACGUCCGAUUCGUGGCAUUAAAAUAUCUUAUAAGGAAGGGAAUCCAGCUGUCUUCAUUGAGUCCAAUAUCCAUGCUCGUGAAUGGAUCACUUCGGCUACGAUCACAUACUUUAUCGAUGAGUUGCUUGUGCCUGGUAAACCGGGCACCAAAGACAUAGCCAAGAAUGUAGAUUGGUACAUAAUUCCCGUACUGAAUGUCGAUGGUUUUGUCUACUCACACGAAGCGGUACGCCUUUGGCGCAAGUCGCGUUUUCCCUCUGACCCAAGUCUGACAGGAUAUUGCAUUGGCACCGAUUUGAAUCGCAACUUUAACUAUCGCUGGAUGCUGAUUGGUGCUUCGGACAACCCUUGCGCGGAAACCUAUGCAGGUCCCUCGGCUGAGUCCGAUCUGGAGAUCAGUCAGCUGACCAGCUACAUAGACAACCAAAUACCAGAUGGAACUAUUAAGAUCUACAUAUCACUGCAUUCCUAUGGCCAAUAUGUGCUUUCACCCUGGGGCCACACGGCUGAAGAAUUCCCCGAACACUAUCCCCAGAUGAUGGCUGUAGCCAAGGGUUUUGCCGAUGCCUUAGUUCGACGCUAUGGCACGGUAUUCACCUAUGGCUCAAGUGCUACAACGCUCUAUGAAGUUUCUGGUUCUGGCAAGGAGUGGGCCUAUGGUGUGAAAAACAUAACCAUACCAUACACCAUCGAAUUGCGUGAUAAGGGUGACUUGGGAUUCCUACUGCCGCCCACGGAUAUAAUACCUGUGGCACGUGAGGUGACCGAGGGAUUUGUGGGCAUGAUAGCAGCUGCCCGGGAAAUUGGUAGUCUAGCGAUAACGUCGCCUAAUCUGCCAAACAAUUGGCAAAGCUCAACACAAAAAAAAAAACAUGACAGUCUGGUAUUGGCCAUUGAACUGACAGGUAGCAUGCAACUGAAACUGGUGCUGCUCUUGGCCACUUUUGGCCUGGCCAAAAUAAGUGCCGAGAUGCGCUAUGACAACUAUAAAGUCUACAAAGUAAAUAUCGAGAAUAUGCAACAGUUUGAGCUGAUCAAUGCCAAGGAAAAAGCACUGCAACUUAGCAGCUGGCGUGAGGCGCGUCAUCUAGGCGACUCCUCGGACAUUAUGCUGCAACCACAAACGCAGCAGGCUUUCGAGCAGCUGCUCAACAGCCAAAACUUCAACUACAGCUUAAAGAUCGACAAUGUGCAAACGCUGAUCGAUGCACAACGUCCAAAACAACGCACUGGUUACAUGGAGUGGACUCAGUAUCACACGCUGGACGAGAUCUACGCUUGGUUGGAUGUGCUUGAAGAGCGUUAUUCAGACAUUGUGACGCCCUUUACAAUUGGCAACUCCUACGAAGGACGUCCGAUUCGUGGCAUUAAAAUAUCUUAUAAGGAAGGGAAUCCAGCUGUCUUCAUUGAGUCCAAUAUCCAUGCUCGUGAAUGGAUUACUUCGGCUACGAUCACAUACUUUAUCGAUGAAUUGCUUGUGCCUGGCAAGCCGGGCACUAAAGACAUAGCUAAGAAUGUAGAUUGGUACAUAAUUCCCGUACUGAAUGUCGAUGGUUUUGUCUACUCACACGAAGCGGUACGCCUUUGGCGCAAGUCGCGUUUUCCCUCUGACCCAAGUCUGACUGGAGAUUGCAUUGGCACCGAUUUGAAUCGCAACUUUGACUAUCGCUGGAUGUUGAUUGGUGCUUCGGACGACCCUUGCUCGGAAUUCUACGCAGGUCCCUCGGCUGAGUCCGAUCUGGAGAUCAGUCAGCUGACCAGCUACAUAGACAACCAAAUACCAGAUGGAACUAUUAAGAUCUACAUAUCACUGCACUCCUAUGGCCAAUAUGUGCUUUCACCCUGGGGCCACACGGCUGAAGAAUUCCCCGAACACUAUCCCCAGAUGAUGGCUGUAGCCAAGGGUUUUGCCGAUGCCUUAGUUCGACGGUAUGGCACAGUAUUCACCUAUGGCUCAAGUGCCACAACGCUCUAUGAAGUUUCUGGUUCUGGCAAGGAGUGGGCCUAUGGUGUGAAGAACAUAACCAUACCAUACACCAUCGAAUUGCGUGAUAAGGGUGAUUUGGGAUUCCUACUGCCGCCCACGGAUAUAAUACCUGUGGCACGUGAGGUGACCGAGGGAUUUGUGGGCAUGAUAGCGGCUGCCCGGGAAAUUGGUGUACUCCAAUAACUGCCAACGCACUCAAUAAAGAAAUCCCCUCUCAAAAAAAA